GUUAGGUUGGUAUUAAUUAAUCAAACAUUUUCAAACACGUGGUGGCGCUAGUGUCUUGUGUAAUGUCAAUCGUCGUGGAUGUGGAGUGUUUUGUGUUGUGAGUGAACGGUGAAUGUGAAAUUUAUUGUAAUCUUUCGUUGUUAUGUGGUUAUGUGGAUCAUUAGAUAAGUCACUGUGAAAUCUGUGGUUGGCCGUGGUGUUGGCCCGGCGAUUGGAAUGGUUCCUGAGUGUUCGUGUUUACUUGUUGAUUAGUGCGGUUGAGGCGAGCGAGGCACCAGCACCAUGGGGAAGCUGCUGUCGAAGAUCUUCGGCAACAAGGAGAUGCGGAUACUGAUGCUCGGCCUCGACGCCGCCGGCAAGACUACUAUUUUAUAUAAACUUAAACUAGGCCAGUCAGUCACAACGAUCCCCACCGUCGGCUUUAACGUGGAGACCGUCACGUAUAAGAACGUCAAAUUCAACGUGUGGGACGUCGGGGGGCAGGACAAGAUACGACCACUGUGGAGGCAUUAUUACACAGGCACCCAAGGCCUAAUAUUCGUGGUGGACUGCGCGGACCGCGACCGCAUCGACGAGGCGCGGCAGGAGCUGCACCGCAUCAUCAACGACCGCGAGAUGCGCGACGCCAUCAUACUCAUAUUCGCUAAUAAGCAGGACCUGCCUGACGCGAUGAAACCGCACGAGAUCCAAGAGAAGCUCGGGCUGACGCGCAUCCGGGACCGCAACUGGUACGUGCAGCCGUCGUGCGCCACCUCCGGCGACGGGCUCUACGAGGGGCUGACGUGGCUCACCAGCAACCACAAGUUAUGAGCUGCGGAGUAGGCGGGUCGCGCCGCCAGAAUGCACCACGGUGAGGAUAACGAUGCCAUUUAAGUUAAGUAAGCUGCGCCUGCGACGGUUAUAGUAAUAUUGAUGUGAACCAGUGUCCAGUGCCGCGCAACAGUGCUCAGACUAGAACAUUCGCGAGUGUCACACAAACAAACACUAUCUCAGUUACAUAGUUACAGUGAACAAGCUUAUUGUCACACCAACGAGAAAUCAAUUCCAUUAUUUAAAUUAGAAGGUUCGUUGUAUCGAAAUGUUUGAUUAUGAUUUUUUAUGUUAUUUAAAAAUGCUGAUUACUUAGAGAGUAAAUGAUUUUUUUUAUAAUUAAUUUAAUGUUUACCUCCAUUGUAUGAUAAUAGGGUAGAAAUUUGAAGUUUUUAAUACAAUUUAUAGUAAUAUAGCGAGACUCGAGGAGUGGUAUGUGUGAAUGCAAUAUAGUAAUUGUAAUAAGUUAUAGGUAACGCACGCCCAUGCAUAGCUCAACCGAGCAUCGAUAACCGUUGGUUCUUGUAAACAUGUACAUAAUUAACCUCUAUGUAUGUACAUAACGUUUAUUUGUGGCAAUAGGACCCUGCGCUAAUGCUAGCAUAGUAUCCUUACCUAUUGUGACUAAUUUCCUCCUAAUUGCCAUCCUUCCUAAUUGUAAUCCAAAACGUAAAUAUUAUAUAAAUGUGCAGAAACCGUUGUCCACGAUAAACCUAAUUAAAUUUAUAGAAUAUUAUUAGGAUCCAUUAGAUGUUGAUUGUUUUAUGCGACAAGAGAAAAUGGGUUCAAACAGCGUUAGCUUUACAAAAUAUAUAGCUUUCAGCUUUAGAUGUGGUACUGAGUGAUGGGAUGAGAAUGAUAUUGGGACCAUCUCAUUUUGUUAAGGUUAUUUGAGCUACAGCCGUACCGCUAGAUGCCGAUAAAGCAAACUGCAAAAACUCUGUUUUCAUAACGAUUAUUGUAAGGUUACUGCAGUUUGCGGUUCAACGCCUCUAGUGGCAUAAGUCUGUACUAACGUAUUAUGAUUAUUGUUUUCAGUUUUUGUCGAAAAGUAAUUCUUGCCUUAUUUUCGAUGUGAACCGUACAUUUUAAAUUGAAUCAAUCACGGAAGGGCAACGCUGGUGUUGUCUCCUGCGAUUGUGACUGAACAAAAACGAAAUAUUUUCCUACUCAUUUAUUAAUUGUAACUUCUUUUCAUUUGUGAUAUUUUGUUUCUGUUACAUUUAUUCAAUAGGAAUCAAUAUUUUUUGUCUAUUUACUAUAUAUUUUAUCUUAUCAGCGCCUUAAAAGAUGUGUAAUGUUGCUUUGAAUUUGAUUUAUAUACGGACAUGUGUCUUAAAAUGAAUUGGAGAUUAGGUAUGUAAAAUGUAAAAAGCUAGUAUAAUAUUUCAAAUUCACGUUAGAAAUACCUACAGAUGAAUUUGAAAAGUUAUGUAAGUUUAUAAAUGUCAAUUUGGUGUGAAACGAGUAUUGAGUACGCCUGGCUAUCAUGAUAAAGCAUACUUAAAUUAAUACCUUUUUAUUAAUUACUAUGAAUCACAAACAAAAAGGCAUGACAAUAUUAUAGAAGUGUAUGUAAUGUAUGCCAAGAGGCAAAUUCCACGGUUGCAAAAUUUAAGUGCAAUUAAUUUUUACUAGAAAUUUUCUGCACGCGAGAUGUAAAAAUGAUUUUUAUAAUUUAUUUUUGAAAUUAUUAUUUCGCCUUAAAAGAGUAUUGGUUUGUUUUUGUAUAGUGUAUUUGUUUAUGGGAACGUGUGGGAAAUGAUUACAGUCAGCUGUAUAAUAUUGUAGAAAAGUUAUUCAAUAUAAAUUCACACUAUAAA